AGAAAUGUAUCUUUAGUAAAUUUUGAAUAGCAGAUUAUAAAUAGGACGUUUAAACAGGUAUUGUUAUUUUCCUCGUAAAAGUUAAGUAUAGACUGUUAAAAUGUCAGGUACGUUAGUCUAUGUCACAUUUCUAGUGUUAGCCUUACUGCAGGGGAACGCCCAGGCCCGUGAAGUUUGUGCCACUGACCCAGAUCACGCAUUAAUUUGCCCAGAUUACUAUUCUUCCAUCGGUUUUUGCUGCAACUAUCAGAACGGGUAUUACCAAAAUUGUUGCACCUAUACUGCGGUGUGGGGUCUGUGGUACUUUUGGUUUUGCCUUGUUUCGUUUUUCUUCAUCGUUGGAGGAGUAGUAGCUCUUUGCAAAUAUUGUGCUACCAAAAACAACAGCUCAAGAAAUUCCUCGAUUGCAGACACAGAAACCGCUGCCGUGCCUGUUGUAUUUUCCGCUCAACAGGCUCCACCAGUACAAGCAAAAGUAUCUGACUUCCCACCAAGCUAUGACCAACUGCAGCACCAAGGGUUAGACGCUCAAACACAGCAGUUUAACUCUUACGGGUCAAGCCAGCCACCAUACCCGCCCGCAGAGACCAUCAACCCAGAAAAAUAAAAGCCACAACAACGCCUAUAUAGACACUGUAAAAUGUAACCACCAACUUUUCCCUAGAUAACUAACACGUUGUAUAAUUGUUAAACGUAUAUGUACCAUGUAAGCGAUUUUUUUCUAUGUUUAUUAUAUAUAGUAGGGUGGGGUAAGAUGGAUCACCGUUAGCACCUAAAACUCAAUUUUUCUGAUUGUGUUUUGAGCAAUUAACAACGCUGUUUUAGAGUUAUUUCUACAAUGAUAAUAGAGCCAUGUUUCCAAAUCGUGCUUUAACAGUUAAUAAUUCUCUUUUUAAGUCGUGGGGGUACGGUUAUAUAUUAUACUUUGUUUUUACUUUAUACACCUCUCAUCUUACCCCACCAUAAUAUUAUAUUAAUCUUCCGUUAUCAUUUGACAAUAUUUCUGUUUUUAGAAAUGGCUACCGAAAUUAUGGUAAAUAAAUUCUGUAAUAACGAAUGAAUAAAUGAAACUUACUAUUUAA